GCGGCGGCGGGCACGACCGGGCGCGGGAAGAUGGCGGCUGCGGCGGCGGCGGCGGCGGCGGCAGAGCAGCAAAGUUCCAAUGGCCCCGUCAAGAAGUCCAUGCGCGAGAAGGCCGUGGAGAGGAGGAACGUCAACAAGGAGCACAACAGCAACUUCAAGGCCGGCUACAUCCCGAUCGAUGAGGACCGCCUCCACAAAACUGGGCUGCGGGGCAGGAAGGGCAACUUGGCCAUCUGUGUGAUUGUCCUGCUCUUUCUCCUGGCCGUCAUCAACUUAAUUAUAACACUCGUUAUUUGGGCUGUGAUCCGCAUUGGGCCAAACGGCUGUGACAGCAUGGAGUUUCACGAAAGCGGUCUGCUCCGGUUCAAGCAGGUGUCUGACAUGGGAGUUAUCCACCCUCUGUAUAAGAGCACGGUAGGAGGAAGGCGGAAUGAAAAUCUGGUCAUUACCGGCAACAACCAGCCCAUUGUUUUUCAGCAAGGGACAACAAAGCUCAGUGUGGAGAAGAACAAAACGUCCAUUACAAGUGACAUCGGUAUGCAGUUCUUCGACCCGAGGACUCAGAACAUUUUAUUCAGCACAGACUACGAAACUCAUGAGUUUCAUCUGCCAAGUGGUGUGAAAAGUUUGAAUGUUCAAAAGGCAUCCACUGAAAGGAUCACCAGCAAUGCCACCAGUGACUUAAACAUCAAAGUCGACGGGCGUGCGAUCGUGCGUGGAAACGAAGGUGUUUUCAUCAUGGGCAAAACCAUUGAAUUUCACAUGGGCGGGAACAUGGAGUUGAAGGCUGAAAACAGCAUCAUCCUCAAUGGGACGGUGAUGGUGAGCACCACCCGCCUGCCCAGCUCCUCCAGCGCAGACCAGCUGGGCGGCGGUGACUGGGUGCGCUACAAGCUCUGCAUGUGUGCCGAUGGCACCCUCUUCAAGGUGCAGGUGACCGGCCAGAACGUGGGCUGCCAGGUCUCGGACAACCCCUGCGGGAACACCCACUAGAAGACCCGCAGGCGUCGUCGCGCCUUCCUGUCUGGACUGACCUGACUGCAUGCGCACUGUGGUCUUCACGGAGUGUGAGAGAGCUCAUUGUGACGAAUGUGAACCGCAGAGCGCUGCUCUGUCCGGAUUUCCAAAGGUCUCAGAGAGCCUACGUUCUCCCACAGUUCAUCACCUUGCACCCAUCUUCAAAUGACAGUUCCCUAAAGUCAUGAGGAACGCACAGAGUCAACAUUCAUCUUUGAAGAAGUGCUUCCCACUCUGGGCCUCGGCAGCUGCUGGCUCGCCAUCAGCAAGCUUUCAGGAGCAGCAGGGAGAGAGCCACGGAAGCCGCUGAAAAGGCGCACAGUCGGGGUCUCGCACUGUGUCUGGGCUUCCAAAGGGAGCGACACAGGACACAGACUUCUAGUGCAUCGCCCUCGAGCCAUAUGCUUGCAUGUGAGAGGGGAAGAAACUCUGGUUUCUUAGUUUUGCACUUGGAAGAAAAUCCUUUGUAAUAGGCUGCUUACUUGACAUAAUGGUAACUAUUAAGUGUUACAACGUGGUAAGAAUUAAGACACAGUCCCAGCAUUAACUUCUAGGAAAUAGUGCUUACUGCGCAUCGCGUUUCACAUCGCCCACACCCACCACAACUCUAAGAGGAUGCUGUUAUCCCUGCAUUACCCACCAAGACCCUGAGAAUGAGAGAAGUUAAGAAACUUGCCUGGGAUCACAUAGUGAGUUCAGGUGUGACUGCAGUUCAGGUGUGAAUGUACCUGACUCCACGUGCCAUGUCCUUUUUGCUGUCUGCACUGGAUUUUCAGUUGUUAAAACUCUGGAACGAUGAACAGAGUAAUUCACAUUUACAGAUGAGAAUCAAACCAAGCAGGCACACUGAUUCUAGUUAAAAUUUAAAAAUCUUGUGUCAGAUUGAAAGAUGACCAAUUGCUGUCAGACUUUAAACUCUUUUAAGUGCAUUUUAUUUUAUUUUAAUUUUUUUAUUUUUUAUUUUUGAUAGGCAGAGUUAGUAAGAGAGAAAGACAGACAGAAAGGUCUUCCUUCCGUUUGGUUCACUCCCCAAAUGGCUGCCAUGGCCGGUGCCCUAUGCCGAUCUGAAGCCAGGAGCCAAGUGCUUCCUUCUGGUCUCCCAUGCGGGUGCAGGGCCCAAACACUUGGGCCAUCCUCCACUGCCUUCCCAGGCCACAGCAGAGAGCUGGGCUGGAAGAGGAGCAACUGGGAUAGAAUCCGGUGCCCCGACCAGGGCUAGAAUCCAGGGUGCCGGCGCUGCAGGUGGAGGAUUACCCAUUUGAGCUCAGCCCAGCCAUUAAGCGCAUUUUAUUUAAAGUCUUACCCCCCAGAGAGGUCAGACUGGCCUGCUGUGGCUUACUCCAGUUUCCUAACAAUGCACCUCGGCACAUGGGGUACCUGGCUGGUCACAGGGAGAUUUUUAUAUCCUGAGCUCUCCAGGCCACACACUGCAAAGCGGGGAGCCCACGCGCCCAGCCAAGGCCUGCUGGGACCACCAGGGGCCACAGAAAUCAUACCCUUUUUGUGUGCCAUGCCUUGGUGUCAGGAAACACUGGGCUAACGGGUGCUAACGCAGGAGGGUGACACCAGAUGUGUUAUGUAUGUAUAAGGGUUCCUCUGUGCUCCUGAUGUCACUGUCACAUUGUCAUUAUUUACAGCCCUCGAGCGAGUUGAUUCUUUCACGUAUUUUAUAUGUCAUCUGAAGAGAACUGUCUGCAGUCAUUAAGAUACACACAAGAUCUGGGACGUGUAUGUAGACAUGUGUGCCAGGCCCCAGCCUGCGUUCUGUCGUGGUCACCUCAAACUGUGUAGAUAAGAAAAUCAACAAUGCAUAGUCAGCAUUAUCACAUUUCUCUCUGAUAGAAAAACCAAAUGCUUUAGAAAUUAUGAAGUCAACAAGUCAUACUGAAAUAAAGAUGGACUUACUACCUAGCAAAGUGCAGUUUUUAAAUGAGAAGAGACUGGUGACUUCUGACUGUUAGUAGUUGUGAUAUUUGGACCCAUUGGAUAUGUUCAGUAUCACUUAUUAUUUGAAUGGUCUUCAGGAAAAUAGUUGGAAAUUUCAUCUAGAUACUCAGUCUAUUUUUAAAUUUACAUUUGUUACUUGUCCGCGCUUUAGAUUUUUCUUUUGAAAGUUCCUUUACAUAAAUAUUUUUACAAAAACCACAUAACACUAUAAAGUAUUUAUUGAAUGUCAUUCAUGAAAUACUCUAUUUUCACUGCUUUUUGAGAACUAUUUGUGUUUUUGAUACACCUCCAUUAAAUGCUUUUGACCUGAGAGGGUAUUUUGAUGUUUUUCUAGAGCUGAUUGUUAACAGGAUGGCAUUUUAGGGUACUUGCCAGGGAGCCCUUGCUUUUCUCGCUGAAAGGUGGACCCGGAGAAUGCCCUGGGGCAGCACACGGGCACCCCACCCACCCCACCCACCCCACCCGGGACCUCUGAUUCGAAGUGAAGCUGCAGCUCCUCCACCCACCACCACAGGUGCAUUUCUGUGAGCUGAAAGUGUUUCCUCUUCCUGUGUCUGCACUCCCUUGCCCUGAACUCAGGACAUGCAGCAGCCUGGGGGAGGUGGUCACAGAGGCAGGGCCCUGAGCGGGGCCUCCCAUACGCGCUUUGUGUAAGUAGCUGCUGUCUUUGGCAGGAUUUUGCAGUGAUAAUGGCGCCAAAUGACGUUUAUGCACGAUUUUUUAGACUGUGUAAUGGGCAGAUCGGAGAAAUGCAGAACACACAGCAGGGACUGCUUGCCCAGAGUGUGAUAUUUAAAGGUACACUUAUUUGUAUUUUUUCUGUAUUGUGAAAAAAAUAAAUUCUGUGUGACAGUAUCAGUGAUGAAAGGUGGAAGUUCUGAAUGAGUGUACUUUAAGAGGGUAAGAAUUCUACGGUGCUGGACUUGGCAAGAAGAGAUCCCGGAAACUCUGCUCAUCUUUUCUAUAAACGCGUUGAACAGGGGCAAGGUUUGUGAAUUAUGCCAUGCAGAAACUCUGCUCCAGCUCGCUACCUGGAGUUUCAGUAAUUCCGUUUGUAAUAAUGACUUCCGUUUGCAAUAAAAAUUCUAUUAACA